UCUCCUCUACUCCUCCCUCCACUUCUCAACUAGACCCGGAGUACUGUCAUGGGAACCCAGAACCUCACUCCUCUUGCAAAUAUCUCUAGGCUAGAUGUUUAGAUUCGGGUUCAGAUAUUACCUGGAUCCUUCAUCUAGCAUCAUUUACCUGGUUCGGUAGAUAUGUUCUCUUUAUCCUGCUCCAGGACCAGAUAUCUAACUGUACAAUAACAAAACUUAUUAAGAUUUAGCUACUACCUGAGAACCAAGAAAAAGCGUCCUAACCAACGGAUUUAAGACUUCUAGUUAGAGAUGGCCCAGCCCCCGCCCCGAAAGGGGGCGUACAACAAGUUCGUGAUGAACCUCCACAAGGAGCAGUUUAAUAAGCUCCAGGCUAAGAAUCAGCAGGAGCUGGAUCUUCUAGAUGAUAUCAGAAACUUUAUGAAGCAGAAGGCUGCAAUAGAAAAACAUUACGCGGAAGGACUUCUAAAACUGACAAAUGUGUACGCGAGUAAGAAAAUUGCUACUAUAGAGGAUCUCCCUGAGAACGCCAGAGUUAACGAACACGAACAUAACAUCUACCAAAUAUGGAGAAUUGUUUUAGAUGAAAACGAAAAGAUCUCGAAGGCAAGACUGGCCGCGGUUCAAGUGUUUAUGGAGAAAAUAUCAGAUGAUGCUAAGAAUGUUAGGUUUGGGAAAAAUAUGCACGCAAAACGGUCCCUUGAUCGCCUUGGUGUAGUUCAGAGAGAUGUCCAGGUAUCAGUGAGUGAAGUAGAUCGGAGUAAACGAAUCUAUUUCUCAGAGGAAUCGGAUGCUCUUGAUGUAGCGACCAAAGCGCAAGAUGCUGACCUGAAAGCGAAAGGAAAGAAACGAGAUGUUAAAAGUCUCUUUACCUCUAAAAGCUCGUUGAAGAAGCAAGCAGUGAAGAUGUCUGCAAAGCAAGAUGAAUCUGAUAUAAAAUCUACUGGUGCUAGAAAUGAUUAUAUAUUGUCUCUAGUCACAGCCAACGCCCACCAGGAUAGAUAUUUUCAUAACGAUCUUCAAGCUACAGUCCGGGAAAUGGAGGGAGGUAUUUACGAGAAGAUUUCAGAAUAUCUCGGAACCUUUGCUCGAACAGAACUUUUAACCUGCGGUGCCAUGCAGAAUAGUUUUACAAAGAUUAAAGAUGGGGCUGAAACCAUUAACAGAGAGUACAAUUAUAGAUGUUAUCUCAAGGCAUUCUCUUGUCUUGGCGACCAUGUCCAGUACGCCUUUGAAGCUGUUGAGGGUGAUACAAUAACAACAAUAACACCUUCGGAGCAUGAUGCUGGAUACUCGCUCAACUAUGAAGCCAGGAGUAUUGCUGGAAAACUGAACCAAGCAGUGAAAACUAUUAGAGCUUUCAGGAAAAGAAUAAAAGCUUGUCAGCAUCACAAAGCUAAAGGUUUGAAGCAUGAGCCUAAUGAUCCAUCAGGACCAAAUCUAGAUGAUAAAAUCGAAGAGCUUGAGAAUUCUAUUAGAACAGCAGAAACGGAUAAAGUAAAAUGUGAAGCUCGUCUGAACAAGCUAAGGGAAGGUGGAGUAGCAGUUGACGACUACUUGGAUAAAGCAAGUCUUGAAGCUCUUGAAAAGGAAUCGGAUGAGCAGAUGAAUACUAAAGACUGGAAUUCUAGUUCCAACGGAACAUCACAGAUGGAGACACCGGUAGCCGAGGAGCCAGCGGCAGAGGCGCAGGAAGAGGAGAACGCUGUUGAAAAUGGUGAAUGGGAUGGGACCAGUGAAGAUAAUGUUAACUGGGCGGAGACCGAGGAAGCACCAGCUACUGAAGAUCAAGAGAACUGGGCUGCUAAUGAGAACUGGGCUGAAACAGAAACUGAGGACUGGGGUCAGGAAGGCCAGAAAGGCCAGGCAGAGGCUCCCCAGAAUGAUGGAGCUAAAGAGAUAGAUCCAAACGCUGAAGUGUGGAAGGCCCUAGUACUCUUCCCCUUCGCAGGGCAGAACGAAGAUGAGUUGACCGUCGCUGAGAACGAAGAAAUUGACGUGAUGGUGAAGGAAUGUGAUGAGGAAGGAUGGUUGAUGGGAAGGAAUAAGGAAGGAGUUCGUGGUUACAUUCCAUACAACUAUAUUGAAGUUUACGAUUUUGUCAUGGUUGAUGACUCCACCCUUCCCGUACAACACGCUAAAGCUAGUUCCAACGCCGGUCAAGUUGUAAGACAGCCCUCAGUAGAGAGUACAGCAAGUUGGGGGUUCCCUGGAGCGCAAGCAAUGCCUGUUAUCCUGGAGCAACCUCCUCCAGAUCUAGGCUCAAGUUCAGAAGAGGAGAGCGAUGAAGAAUCCCCCUUUGGUAUGGGACCACCUCCUGCCCCGCCCCCACAAAUAAGUAUCCUUGAAUCUGAACCUCUCCAGGUUAGAAAACCUGGUCGACCCAUCUCUAUCCAGUUCGGGUCCUCCAUGGAUUCUGAGUACUGUAAAGCUUUGUAUGAUUACGAAGCCAAUGGAAGUGAUGAACUAGGGUUUAAGGAGGAUGAGGUUAUACACAUUGUCUCCAGGAGUCCGAACGGAGUUGAGGACGGGUGGUGGAUGGGAGAAUUAAACGGGAAAACUGGUCUUUUCCCGUCUAUAGUUGUUGAAGAGUGUCAGGCAAACGGGGAUGAUUGGUCUCCAGAUGUAUCACUAGCUUCACCAACUAGUAUUGGACCUCCUUGCUUCUCUCCUCCACAUCUAGACGAUGGUCCUGAUUUACCUCCUCUGGGUCCUCCUGGACUACCCGCCCCACCUGGUCCACCAGGUCGUCCUACAGACCUACCCAGUGGUCCACCUCCCCUACCACCUCCAUCAUCUUCACUCCCUGGACCUCCUCCAAGGCCAACAGCAGCAGCUCCAGGAGUAAACAAUUCUUCUAAUGUGCCUGAACCUGCAGCAGCCUCUGGUCUCAUGCUUCCUGAGACUAUGAUAACAAUCACCAACCCAACUCCACUUGUAGAGAACUCAGAUGAUAACCGAGAGGAAACUCCUGUCUCCUAUCAUGUAGAAAAUCCUUCCUUCUCCAUGAAUAUGAGUGAUGACAAGAAGGAGCAGUAUAACACCAACCAGGUCGCAGCUCCGGUAGAGAUAGAGAUAACGUGUGAUGAUACUCCUGCUGCAGAUGAAGAUGAGGAGGAGGAGAUUCAGUCCAAACCUGAACCUGUUGUCUCUGAUUGCCUUACAUUUACGGAAAUCAUGGUUACAGCACCAACUCCAAGGACACAGUCUCCUGUGGAAGAAGAAGUGAGCUUUCCUGGUCUGGAGAAAGAGAAUGUAGAGAUCAACGAGGAGAAUAUUGCUGCUGCCAUGGGAGCUGAACCAUCACAACAAACUGAACCAGUAGCAGAUAACCAGGAUUUGGGCUGGGCCAGUUUUCAGGAGCCUGUUGUAGAUGAGGAUGAGGCGAAACAGGAUGGAGCUGAUUGGGCCAAUUUUUCAGCCCCGGAACCCGAAGUUCAAUCUGAACCUACCCAACAAGCCAAACAAGAGUCCACACUUGAGGAUCAAAUUGAAAAAGAAGAAGAGAAAAAAGAACUCCCUGCACACAUUCUUGAUGAUCUCGUGGACUCAGAAGAAGAAGAAGAGGAGAAGAAAGCUCAAGUUGAUGCAGAAUUUGAAGUAGAAGAAGUUAAGAAGAAGAACCAUCUUGUUGAUACAGAUUCUGAAGAAGGGAAAGAAAUGAAGAAGAACGAUCAAGUUAAUACAGAUGAUUCUGAAGUAGAGGAAGUUAAAAAGAAGAAAGAUAUUGUUGAUACAGAUUCUGAGGAAGAAGAAGUUAAGAAGAAGAAAGAUAUUGUUGAUACAGAUUCCGAGGAUGAAGAAGAUACGAAUAAGAAGAAAGAUCAUGUUGAGGCUGUUACAUCAUCUGACUCUGAGUCUGAGGCUGAGCCUGGCAAGGGUGAUCCUGACUCCUCUGACACUGAAUCCGGAAAUGAUCUGAGCUCGAGUCAUCUUUCUCCAAGAAAAUCCACAGAUUUAAAUAAAACUGAAGACCUUGAACCCAAACAGCUAAAGAAACUUGAAACUAUGAAGGAGUCUCCAGCCUAAAGUAUCUAUAAUAACCCAACCAGUGUUUAAGUGCCCCGUCACGUGUUUUCCUGAUAAAAUGUUUUAUUAACACGUGUUGUAGAUAUACUACUCAAUAUAAACUCAAACUCAGAAGUUGAUUUGAACAUAAUCCUUUAUAGAAAACUAUGCAGCUUAACCGGAUUAUUUGCUUCUUUUCUUUGAUCAUGAGUAAAAAAAAUAAACCAGAAUUAAUGAAUAUUGAGAAGUAGUUGAACCAAGUGGUUGAACUAUGUCUACGUUGUUGACCUGUUUCUCGCUGUUCAUCUAAUCCCAGGUUAGGCGAAGAGAAUUAUAUCAAAGUUUGAUUACGGAGCUAAAAUGCAGAAUUUACCGAUAAAAAUAUUUUAUGCAAAUAUUAAUUUUUUUUUUAAUUUAAUAUUUUCUAGUUUUAACAACGACCAAUAAUAAUAGUCAAAGGUUAUACGUUUAUGCUUGCUUAGGAUUUAUAAAAUUAUCCAAUAUCAUUCAUUGCUUUAGUA